AUGGUCUGCAUCAUCGUAAUCGCGAUUUCGCUGGAAGUUUGUGUGCUUGCGUUGUUUUACGUGGUGCACAGCUACUACUUGCUUGAUGGACGCGUAAAUAUGAGCGAGAAAACGAGACGCCUGCAGAAGCAGCUUCUUAAUGCAAUGGUUUGGCAGGUGUUCGUCCCAUUUGCAACCAUUGCCGGCCCCUGGGGCCUGGGUGCCGUUAUUGUCGUGAAGCGCAUACAUACCAAUCCGCUAGUGCUACAACUUUUUGUUUACAUUGACGGCGUCCAUGGGACGCUUUCAUCUCAUGGCACGUUGUGCGUGCUUCAGCCAGCAAAG